UUUUUUUUGUUUUCUGUGCUGCUACGCACUGGAUCUCAGCAUCUAUCCACUGUACAUGUACAGACGUGCCAACCAGUCCAACAAUUUUCAUCGCUGGUUGUUGCUUUUGCAUUGGAAAAUUUCUGAACGUCAUGACCGAGCCGCAGCAGCCGACCGAAGAGGCGCCCUUUGUGAUUGCCCCUGCCAAAGACGAUGAGGACGAUCCCAUCAUCUGGCGUCGUGUCGGGACGACGAUGGUUGCUGCUGCUGCUGCUGCUGGAUCGAGUCAGCCAACAACCGCCAAUAGCGCUGCUGGUACCGCGACUGCUCCGACUGGCCCGAGCGCCCGUCGGUACCACACUGCAGUCCUGCACCGCCGCAAGAUGGUUGUGUUUGGUGGCAGCAAAGCCUCGACCGAGAUGCUGAAUGACCUGUACACGCUCAAUCUGGACACGCUCGAGUGGACGCAGGUGGAGGCGUCAGGCACGGUGCCCACUCCGCGCGGUGGUCAUUCUGCCGUCGUUCACUCGGGGGAUGGCAAAACGCGAAUGCUCGUCUUUGGGGGCAUCAGUAGCUCCAAGCAAGCUCUGCAUGACAUGUACUCGUUGGACUUGGAUUCGUUCGUGUGGUCGGCUGUUCCCACGACCGCGGAGAACUGGCCGGGACCGCGCUAUCAGCAUGCAGUGGCCGCGAAUGACACACACAUGUUUGUUCAUUCUGGGGCGAUUGAUCUCAAAAAGUACCAGACCGAUUUGUGGCAGUUUGAGUUUGCAUCAAACACUUGGAGCCCCAUCUCCGCGUCCAACCCUCCAGAGCACCGCGCUGGUCACUUUGCAUUCCUUCAUGGUUUGGAGCUGUUUAUUUUCGGAGGUCAUACUGCCGACGGCGGCUUUACCUACCUCAGCGACUUGCAUCGCCUGGAUCUUUCAACUGCAACCUGGACCCCCUUGUCAACCCAGGGCAAGAUUCCCUUCACGGCGAGACCUGUUCCGUGCAUCACAAUCCGGGACGACCAUGUUUACGUGUUUGGCGGGUAUGACGGCGCAACGAAAAUGCCGCAGGGCGACCUUCUGACCCUGUCCCUCAAAGACUUCACUUGGAAAGCGCAUGAACUGUGGCUCGACAUGAGCCAGCACUUGCGCAUGGCUGCAGUCGGCUCGAAGGGCACGCUGCCAACGCCCCGCUACGGGCACGCCGCCGUGUUUGACAAGGACACCGACACCAUCACCGUCCACGCAGGCUCGGGAUCCAUGUAUCUCGCCGACGUCAUACAAAUUGUGCUUCCCGAGCUGUCGCAAGGAGAAGAUGAGAGCGCUGCGGAUCGAGAGCCUCAACGCUGAACGAGAUUGUUGUAGUAUUGUUUUGUUUGUCGAAGCACAACUGUGAAUUUGGUUGUUUGUCGCUAAUUAGAGAUUCUACGCUUUUUGAAGAAGAGA